AUGUGUUCGAAGUGGUUAAGUAGUUCGGCAUCUGAUCACGUGCAAAGAAUUGAAAUAGUUUUUCCUAUCGUAGGACACUCUUUCAUUGCACCCGACCACGUAUUUUCUCAUGUGGAAAAGGAUGUGAGAAAGUUGGAGUGUAUAUUAAGACCGGAGGAUUACCUUGAGAUUAUAGGCACUUAUAGCACAAUAGUUCGUAUGGGUUCUGAUUGUGAAGUCCUAAACUUUAAGAGUGGAAUGAGUUCAGUUAUAAAGGAUGUCGGCUCUUGGCACUUCCAAUUUAAAUAUUGCAAAAGAUUUUUAAUACAGCGGUCAAAAGAAAUUGGUAAUGUUGUAAUUCAAGGGGAAGUGCACUAUACCAAUAAUUUGGGUGUAUUGAAGAAAAUAACUCGUAAAAAUAAAAAGGCCUCUGAUUUGAACCCUGAAGUGAUUACUCAAAACAUUGUGAGAAUCAAACCUGCAAAAUUGGUAGACGUAAAAAAACUAUUAACCACUCAUUUUGGAAAUGAAUGGGAAAAUGAGGAGGGAUUUUAUUUUUAUAGAAGUGUUUUAUCACAUACAUCAAGCCUAGAAGAAGAGGAAGAUGCAUCACAAGAAGUUACUUGUGAAUUGCAAGUCGAGGAAAGAUGUCUAUAG